CAGUGUGACCCAUGAUCGCUCACCGUAGGUGGACCAAAGCCCUUCUGUUCCCCGCCACGGGCUCGCAAAUGGUGGGGCAGAUGCCAAAUCUUCCUUGAUUCCCUUCUGACGGUUUCCUCAUUGCCGUCGCUGAGAGAGGUCACGUUGAGCCAUAAAGCUCCCUAACUGCCUAGAGGUAUUCAUCGUUGUCCCCUCUCGACUAAUUCGCCCCGCCAUAGCCCACACCGAGUGUCGUCCUUCGGGCUUGUCGCAGGAGUCUGGCCCGUCGACCUUGUUUCGUCGCACGUGCGGGAAAACACCAGACCAUAUUCGCCAGAUAAGCUCCGCGACGCGCCGCCAAGGAAGAUGUCAAACGUUCAGGAUUCGUGGGAGGACGACCCGACUGCCCAGGACGAGAACCUGGCGCGCCAGACCCAGCAGCAAAUGAAUCUUGGCGCCCAGCGGGGUUUCCGCCCCGGCGCCGCUGCCUUCCAACCCACAGCACAGGCUUUCCAGCCAGGCCAGGCAUACGGCGGUGGCGGCUACGGACAGUAUCAGCAGCCCUAUUACGGCGGCCAGGGAUACUAUCCCCAGUACGGCGGCGGCGGCGGCGCUCAGCAUGGUUUUGGGCAAUAUGGCCAGCAGGGCUACGGCGCCGUCUACGGCCAGGCCGGUUACAAUCAAGGAUACGGUCAGUGGCAGGGAUAUCAACAGCAGCAGCAGCAGUUCCAGCAACCCCAACAGAACCAGGCCCAGCAACAGGCCCCCAAGCCGGCACCGACCAUUGCGAAACGGCCGACUGAUGCUCCGGCAACCGCGGAUGCGCCGAAACCCGCCGUAGCGAAGGAGGGCGGCGCAAAGGUGUUGAGCAUCGGUGGUGACGCUAAGCCGAAGGCCAAGGUCUUGUCGAUUGGCACGACGGCCCCUGCCAAGGAGGAGCCCAAGAAGGAGGAGCCGAAAAAGGAGGAGACCAAGAAAGAAGAGGCGAAGAAAGAGGGCACGGCGGAAGCUGCUGCCAAGGUCACGGCAGCCAAGGCUAUCGAGAAGACGGAUGCCAAAGCGGCCAGCGGCAAGACCUCGCCUACUCCAUCCUCGGGCCGGUCCAGUCCAUCCCGGGGAGCCUCCAAGGGCGCCACCCGCGACGCCGAUACCGUCGAGAAGGAACAGGCAGCGGACGUGGACGAAGAGACGCUCAAGGAGAUCUACGGCAAGGAACACGUCAACAUCAUCUUCAUCGGCCAUGUCGACGCCGGCAAGAGUACUCUCGGCGGCGCCAUUCUCUACGUCACGGGCAUGGUUGACCAGCGGACAUUGGACAAGUACAAGAAGGAGGCGAAGGAUCUGGGCCGUGAGACCUGGUAUCUGUCGUGGGCUCUCGACUUGACCAACGAGGAGCGUGCCAAGGGCAAGACGGUCGAGGUUGGCCGUGGCUUCUUCGAGACGGAGAAGCGGAGAUACAGCAUCCUUGACGCACCUGGGCACAAGACGUACGUCCCGAACAUGAUCGGCGGCGCUUCGCAGGCGGAUGUCGGCGUCCUGGUCAUCAGCGCGCGGAAGGGCGAGUACGAGACCGGCUUCGAGAAGGGCGGGCAGACCCGGGAGCACGCCAUGUUGGCGAAGACCCAGGGUGUGAACAAGCUGGUCGUGGUCAUCAACAAGAUGGACGACCCGACCGUCAACUGGUCCAAGGAACGCUAUAUCGAGUGCACGACGAAGCUCCAGCAGUUCUUGAAGGGCACCGGAUACAACCUUAAGACGGACGUCUUCUUCAUGCCCAUCGCAGCGCAACAAACUCUGGGCAUCAAGGAGCGGGUGCCCAAGGACAUAUGCCCGUGGUACGAUGGCCCGUCGCUCCUCGAGUACCUCGACAGCAUGCAGGCCCUGGAGCGCAAGGUCAACGCGCCGUUCAUGAUGGCUGUUGCCGGCAAAUACCGUGACAUGGGCACCAUGAUCGAAGGCAAGAUCGAGGCCGGCGUCGUCAAGAAGGGCAUGAGCCUGAUCAUGAUGCCGAACAAGCAGAGCGUCGAGGUGGCGGCGGCCUACGGCGAGACGGAAGACGAAGUGCCCAUCGCCCAGUGCGGCGACCAGGUCCGGCUCCGUCUCCGCGGCAUCGAAGAGGAAGAGAUCCUGCCGGGCUUCGUCCUCUGCUCACCCAAGCGCCUCGUGCACAACGUGUCCAAGUUCGAGGCGCAGAUCCGCAUCCUGGACCUGAAGAGCAUCCUCACGGCCGGCUUCAACUGCGUCCUGCACGUCCACGCGGCCAUCGAGGAAGUCACGUUUGCUGCGCUGCUCCACAAGCUGCAGAAAGGCACCAACAGGAAGAGCAAGCUCCCUCCCUCGCACGCCAAGAGGGGCGACAGCAUCAUCGCAAUCUUGGAGGUGACGGGCGGCGCCGGGUCCGUGUGCGUGGAGAGAUUCGAGGACUACCCCCAGAUGGGCCGUUUCACCCUGCGUGACCAAGGACAAACCAUCGCCAUCGGGAAGAUCACCAAGCUCAUCCACGACACCAACUCGGCUUAAGAUGGACGAAUUGGUCAGGGUUAGAAUUUAGCAUUGAGUAUAGUUCGAAGUUACGAUGAUAUAGAGUUUUACCCGUUUGGCGAUUUGUUUCGAACAGAAA